AUGGCUCGGGGCCAUAAAAAUCCGUCCACGUCAUUGGGUGCCGCUGAAGGCCCGUCGCACCGAGCUCUGGGGGAAGGCCAGGAAGCCGUGUCCAAAUAUGGUCAGAUGACAGGAGUCCCAGAAUCCUCCUCGUCAGUGUCCCAAUCGCUUUGGCAGGUGCCCCACAGAACAACCCCCCAGCCUGUGGAUGUGUGCGUGCGUUGUCUAAGGGCCACCAGAGACAAGCUUCCCAGGGGCUUCUACAGCAUCAGCGUGGCCCUUCACAGCCACCUCGGAGGCCCCGCUCUCGCCUGGACUAACAAGAAGGACCAACAAGAAUGGACUGUGUCCACAGAUCCUGUUGAGCACCAGGGCCACGUCUACGACACAGACCUGCACAUCAACCAGAACCUGGUCAUGAUCUUACCGCCAACCUGUGAGCUUCUGCCCUCCAUGGUCUUCGUGUUCCAACUGAUUGCAUCACCCGGGCAGAUUGGCUACAUGAAGUCAGUUCUGGCUUGGGGGGCGUUUCCGGUUUGUGGAUCGAGGCUCGGGCCGGUCCAAGGCAGGUACAAAACUCCACUCCUUCGAGGAGAGCCCCACAGCCAGGUGGAUCAGUUUUGGAAAAUUGAAGCCCUUAUGUCCUCAGAUCUCGAUCACUGGCUGUGUAACAUGUACUUUCAGAUAAAGACCCUCCCACCAGGAACAUCCGGGGCACCAGAGUGUUCAAUCCCCCCGCAGACACCGCCUUUAAACACUUCUGCCGUGCUGCAACCCGCGGUCAGGCACAGCCGACCACAAUCCAAACGGGAUCCACGACCCAUCCAUCCUCAGUCCCAGUUGAACCCGCUCCACGCCGGCCCCAGCAGUGGAGCACGAGAGCCCGCAGUGAUGCAUUCUCCCCGGGGCUCCGCCUUCCACCUGUCAGCCGAUUCCCCUUGUUCGUCAUCAUCUCUGCCAGGGCAUUGGCACAUGGGGAUUGUUGCUGGCCUUGAGUGCCUGAAGAGGCUGGAGUCGUGGCAGCUCCAGUGCUCCGAGUUCACGGACGUAGCCCUCAAGCUGUUGCACGCUGCCUCUGCCUCUGCUACAGUCCUACACGUCGAGGCCUCGUGGAAUGACGAGCAAACGCAUCCCUAUUCACAGCGGGCCAAACAGUUGUUGUUGGGAAAGAUUCUUCUCCACACGUCAUUUGGUCAAGCAAUCGUCCUCACGGGGAGAAAGAGGGGAGUGGGCUUCACUGCCAGAUUGCCCUAUGAAAACGAAUGGCGCUUUUAUCGGGCCCGGCUGGUUCACGACUUCCUGGGUCGGUCUCAGGAGAGGCCGAGGAGGCGGGCGGCGGGGGAGAGGAGCAGGUUCAAAAGACGGAGCGUGGCGCUCAUUAGCAUACAUCAGUAUGAGUAUUUUGCAACUUCAAGCAGAAAGGCACUAAGCCCACCCAAGGGCAACGCAGGCAGGGGCUGA